AUGAACGGAGAAACGCUGUUGGUACGGCAGCAUUUUAAUGACCAGCAUAAUACAGUACAAUUGGCGCAUCAGUUUAAUGAAUUUUAUUUGUCGAUAACAUCUUCUAAAAUCGACCAGAUAGGUAACUACAAAAUAACUCGAGAAAUUGGUGAAGGUUCAUUUGGGAGAGUAUAUUUGGCCAAGCACGUUUUAUUAAAUGUAAACGUUGUGUUGAAAUGUGGAUUGAUUGAUGAUCCCAAUAUUGUUCGAGAGAUUUACUAUCAUAAGCAAUUGAAACAUAAGAACAUAGUGAGCUUAUACGAAGUUAUAAGAACCGAAACCCAUCUUUGGAUAGCCUUGGAGUAUUGCGAAGGAGGUGAAUUGUACUAUUUGGUUUAUGAAAAGAAACGUCUUGGUGUUGCUGAAUGUCGAAAUAUCUUUUUCCAAAUUGUAUUGGGAGUCCAGUUUGUUCAUUCUAUGAACUUGAGUCAUCGGGAUUUAAAGCUUGAAAACAUCCUUUUAGCAGAUAAGAGAAGAUCGGUGGUUAAAUUGACCGAUUUUGGAUUUAUUCGAGAGUUUAACCCACUAGCAAGGAAAUUUCUCUCAACAAUAUGUGGCACAAUGGUGUAUAUGGCUCCAGAACUACUAAUGGGACAAAAGUAUUCCGGGUUUGCUAUAGAUGUUUGGUCUUUGGGAAUAAUCUUGUAUACCAUGCUUUAUGGAGUCCUACCGUUUGAUGGUGGUGAUGAUGAUGACGAUGAUAUGAAAACAAAGUCAAAGAUCUUGCAUGAUUCUCCUGUAUUCAACGAUCAUGUUCCAGCGGAAAUUAAUGAUUUGAUUGCAAAAAUGUUGAGAAAAGAACCCAAUCAAAGACCAAGUAUUGGAGAGGUUCUCAACUCGUCAUUCCUAAUUGACACUUUUAACAAAUAUAUAGAAAAAAACCAAAAGAAAACACACGGUGAUGCCGAGUCGAUUCUUUCGAUUAAUCAGCAUUAUAACUGCAUAAAAAAGCCAUUUGAUACCAGCAUUGAAAAGGAGAUAUUGAGACGUUUGCAAAAGGCAAAUUUUGAUGUUGAUGCAUUACAGGCUAAUGUAUACAGUAAUGAGAUGAACCUGUUAACUGCCUUUUACGAACUUUCGCUAACACAUGAAUUUUCCAAAAAGAAGAAAAGAUAUAUCAGAGAGAAGAGGCGGAAAUAUCGUGAAGCUAAAAAAUCACUUCUAAGAUCGAGAAAGAGAGUAAAGAGUGUCUUGUCCAUUUCUGAUCAGUACAGUGGCUCUCAACCAUUGGAACGAAUAUUGUCAAGUUUAAGUUUAACUUCUAACCGAAAUUCAAGUAGGACUAGGUUGUCAUCGAUUUCAAGAAAGUCAGGAGAUAAACUGCUGCCCAAGUCCCCCAUGAAUAGUCGAUUCAGUUUGGACCGAGACCGGCUGACAAGUAAUAAUGAAGAAACGUUCUCAGCCUUGAAACCACUGAAAAGCACACAACAUAUCUCUCCAACGUCAACUAGAGUUGACAUUCCAAUUCAGCGUGUUGUUUCUUUUGUACCAGAAGAAAGAAAACCGUCAUUUGCUUCUACAAGGGAGUCUGUCAAACGGGGUAAUAAAGGUGGCAAGAUUUUGAAUAAGCUUCAAUUUUGGAAGAAAAAUAAAGGUGAGGACGAUUACUUUGAGGAGCUUGAAAGGGAUGAUCGAAGCGAUAAGUCUGAAAAGUAUACCACUAAUAAUUGGGAUGAUCAAGGUUUGGAGAUAAUAGUCAAAACGAGUACCGAGAAGCAGUAUAGCAAUCAAGCUCAUCAAUCAAAGUCUGUCGUUGCUGCAAACGGAAAUGACAGUAGCAAUAAUAGUAAUGCCCCUGAAGCGUCAGUGAAUACAACUGAACCAUCUUUCUUAACACAGAGAGAAGACUAUCCAUUAUCAGAUAAUCCAAGUGCAGUUUCACUACCAUGGACGCCUGCAGCGACUGAUAGUAGAAUUCUUGCUAGAACAAGACCUUCAUCGAUGAUUUCACAAAUUAGCCAGUUGAGCAGAUUAAGUCAAAUGUCUACGAUGUUGUCUGAAUCUGAGUUGGAUAUUUUGGAUGAGACAGAUACUAUGGACGAUGAAUACGACGAUGAUGAAGCUUACGAAUCAAGCAUAAACAUUACUUCAGAUGGCCGUUUUGGAUUACUGGGAGUACCUCCAUCCACUGCUACCACCAGUAGAGCACCAAUUAAAAAGAGGCCAAGUUAUCGCCGCACAUUCAAUUCUGAACAUUCUCUUAAUACAAGUUCAUCUCCUGGAGGAAGUUCCAAUCACGGUGUUUGGAAAAAACCAUCAGUUUCAAGAUUACCAAGUAACUCAUCUGAAGAAGGGGUCGAGGAAUGUUUGAAAAAUGACGAAAACAUGCCCUUGGGGAUAGAUAGUCUUGAUGGUGGUGAUCAGUUUAGUAAGAAUCGUCUGAUGAAACUAUUUUCACCAGUUGCUACUAGUAAAGGAGGGCCUUUUGGAAAUAUUAAUUUCAGCAGCUUUAUUCAGCAGCAGCAGCAACUGCUGCUGCAACAACAACAACAACAACAACAACAACAACAACAACAACAACAACAACAACAACGACAACAACAACAACAACAACAACAACAACAACAACAACAACAACAACAACAACAACGACAACAACAACAACAACAACAACAACAACAACAACAACAACAACAACAACAACAACGACAACAACAACAACAACAACAACAACAACAACAACAACAACAACAACAACAACAACAGCGCCAACGUGCACCUUCGCCACCAUUCCCUUUCAAAGGAAGUGUGAAACCCAUCAAGAAAAUCGGACCAUCGAUAUCUACAUUCAAUACCAUCACAGCAAACUCUGCCAAUGGACAUAUGUUGCCUCGAAAUUACCAGGAUACUAAACAAGUGAGCGAUCGUGCUUGUGUAGAUACAAUCGCAUUUCAUUCUAAGAAGAAGAGCUCUAUGUACGGCUCCGUAAUUAAUGAGGAGGAGGAGAAUGAAGAUCUAUAA